AUGGAAGACGGUCUAAUCUGGAAAGAUUUGGAGGGUACUCCUCAGCAGUUCGGUUCGAAAGAGGUGUGGAAUAAUAUCCGGAAUCGUAACUCCACAGUUGAUUGGGCAAAUCAUAUUUGGUUCUCUCAAUGCAUUCCUCCGCAUUUGUUUCACAUGUGGUUGGUAAUUAAGAAUAAGUUAAGAACCCAAGACCGUUUAGCGGCAUGGGAAGCGGGAAGUGAAACAAAUCUAAGGCUGAUGUGUUGUCCGUUAUGCAAGUAUGAUCGUGACUCAAGGGAUCAUCUUUUUUUCCAAUGUGCUUUUGCUGCUCAGGUGUGGAAUAAUGUCAAGUCUUUGGUUGAUAUGAGUAAUGUGAACGACUCAUGGGAGUCCAUUAUGGACUGGAUGAUUCAACAUGCUAACGCAAGGAAGAUCGAUCACAUUGUCUGCAAAAUGGUAGUUGCUGCCUAA